AUGGACCUUAUACAGCAUAAAUAUGCUACGGCACAAAGAUAUCGAUUUCUGUUUUCAGAAACACAAUUUGUUCUUAAACCCAUCAAACAUCUUCUUUACAACCAAGGCCUCCAUCACGGAAAUUAUAAAUUUUGGACGCCCUUUUUUGGACGCCCUGGUAAAAGAUUUAUGACUACCACGAUUAACGAUACUCAACCAUCAUUACCCCUUAUUACGUAUACAGUAGCGCCCUACAAUCCAACCCCUAAUAUGUUUAUUCCUCACAAAUACAGAAAUAUAAUUCCUAAGGAACCGCUUUACACAGAGGAGGGUGUAUAUAUAGUUCCAGGUUCUAGAGAGUGGUUUACUUAUAUGUAUAAUUUACACAACAAUUUGCCCCCACCACUUACAAAAGCACAACGUCGUGCGUUACAACGUGAGAAUGAGCGUAUUGCUCAUUUUAGAUUGAAUCAAGAAAAUGCAAUUAUGCAAGGGACUUCAGUCCAUCGGGUUUAUCCAGGUAUUUAA